AGCAACGCAACCACGACGCUCCCAUUGGGUCUCAGCAAACGGAGAGCCGGGCCUGCCACUCGAGCUCAUCAUGUCGCGAAAGCUCAGUUCCCCCACGGCCCAACUCCUGCGCGCCUCUCGCCUCUUCUCGCUCCCGCCGCCUCUUCCUCGUCCUGAUAACUAUGGCACCUCAUCGGAGAUGAGCAGCGACUCGGAAACGGCAACGCAGGCCUACCCGACUCAUCAAGCCAUUGCUACUCCGACUUCAAGCUUGUGCAGGGGUGAUUGGGGGUUGAAAAGGCCACUGCCGCUUCGGGAGACAACAAGGUCGAGUACACCAACAAUGAGGGUACACGAGGUGGACACUAUCAACCUUUUCACGGAUUUCGAGAGCGCUGGCGAUCAUGUCCAAACGCUGCAGAAAUGGCAAGAAAUGAACAUCCCACUCUCCAUCAAAGUUGAACGCGUCAAUGUGUCCGACACCUCAGGGCCGGAAAUCAGCGUCUUCGAGGAGAAGGCAGACAACACCGAAUUGUCCUCGGAGCAGCAAAAGCAGGGCUUCAGCAAAUGGAAAUACCAGGGACCUUGGAUCUCAGGCAUGAACCAGGGUGAAUUCCAAUCGUUCCUCGAAACUGGCGUGCGGGAGAGGAAACAAGAAUUCCGCGAUUAUCUGAGAAAGCAUAUCACCCAAGAGGCUUUUGCCAAAGCAUCUGAAUCAGCAAGAGAUACCGGAUCUGCUCUUCCUAAAGUGGAGAGCUUCUCAAUCUCAGAAGCAGAGUUCGAAGACAAGCUAAAGCAACUCCGCGAGGACACUACACUGAGCUCGGAAUUAACCCGCCUUAUCCGCGACUUCUUCGACCUCCCUGGUGUCUAUGGCGGUCCCGCCAAAGACGUGCAUGCCGAAUUCGUCAGCGUGGCUGAAGUUUCUAGCACUGACUCCGGUCCGCCAGCAACCCACCCUUCUGCCGGUUUAUCCUACUUGCGUAGCUCGGCCUUCCUUCACAAUCACCCAGUUCUAGGCCCUCGGGCCGAGCGGCAACCUGUGGAAGCACGCGUCCUGGGUGCUAAGUCGACAAUCGACAACCGAUCGCGGGCCAGGCUCGGCUUGGGCGGUGUGGUCACCGAGUUCAACCAUGCGAAUUCCUCCAGACGUGGCGACAUUUCCAUGAUGACGUUCGAUGAUGAGGGCGGGCCGAAGAUGUGGAUGUCGCCUUCGCGGGCACACAUUGAUGCGCAGGGUCGCAUCAAGCUUAGCGUCAAGCAAGCCAAUGAGGAAGAUGUGCAGAUCAAGAAGGGUUCUUUGACGAGAAGCGAGGCGGAGGCCAGGUCAAAGCCCAUGCCUGAUGUGCAGCCGUUUGGGCUGAACGAGACUCUUGAUAGCGGCUCAGGGUACGGGCCGGAUGCUAGCAAGAACAACGAAGAGCUCUUUAGAAUGCUUCGCAAUUCGGCUCCAGCUGAGGCCAAGGUCCAGGCGCCAAGGAGGGGUAUAUUCUAGGUAGAUGAGUAUGCAGUGUAUUAUAUAUGUCUUGCCGGAAAGCAAACAUUGCCGAA